AUGUGGAAGCCACCGGUAAACUUUCUUACCUUGCAUUCCGCCACAGACGCGUGGAUUCUUCUUCUGGGGAUUUUGAGCCUGGUCAUUAUCUAUCCUCAUGGAAACCUUCGAGCAAUCGAUGCCUACUUCUUCGGCGCAAGUUCCUCCACGGAAUCGGGGCUGAACACGGUCAAUAUCAACCAGCUGAAAACUUACCAGCAAGUCUAUCUAUAUUUGAUUCCAAUUUUGGGUAAUCUGGGCUUCAUCAACAUUAUUGUGGUUGUCGUCCGUCUGAUAUGGUUUGAGAAGCAUCUCAAAGCAGUUUCACCCCAUCUCUUGAGGCCGAAUCCCAUCAGAGAAACCUCCGCUGAAUGCGACUUGAAGUCAAAUGAUCGGCCUGAAGAUACGAACGAUGUGAUCUUUAGCGAUGACCUCGGAAAGAGCAAAGGAAAAGACGUUGGGAACAACGAUGAUCUACCAGUGCUUUAUAAAGACGAGGCAAUCUCACCAACGUCAAUGGGGAUUGAUAAUCAAAGUGGUAGCUCAGCUUUUUGUGCUCCACCUGAACACAAACCGACCGACGAACUGACAACAACGACGUCCAGCUCUGACUUUGAGCAAACCAUUCGUUUCGCUGCAGAUCCACGAGGAGAACUGGCUAAUUCAUCCAAAGCCCUUCGUAUCCCUCCUCCUUGGAAACGUGACAGAGGUAAAAUUACAACGAAAGCGCUAUCAAAGUUGAUGCUGACGAGACCCACAGGAAGCGCUAUCGUCGAGGUUGACGACCGAUUGUUUGACUGUGACUCCAUCAAGGCAGUGUCCACAGUAUCUCGCGAUGACGAUCUCGACCCUGGUCCCAUGUCCAUCCGCCGAAGAAUAUCUAGCACUAUACCGUCCUCCACACGGCCUCUUGAACGAGUUGCAUCUAUGAUGUUCGUGAUAGGCGGUUCUACAAGUCGUGACUAUGCCACCUCACGAGAAAGGCCAGCCAUCAAACAACUGGCCUUGCCACAAAUCUCGUCGCACGCAACGUUGGGUCGAAACUCGAACUUCUACAACCUGACUACCGAAGAUCGAGAGAGGCUUGGGGGUAUUGAAUAUCGAAGUUUGAAGCUGCUGCUGAAAAUCGUGGUGGGUUACUUCUUGGGUCUUCAUCUCUUCGGCGCCAUCUGCCUUGUGGGUUGGAUUCAGCACGCCAACCCAAAGUAUCGCGACUAUCUCAUAGAAUGUGGUCAAGGCAACACCUGGUGGGGGUUCUACACCGCGCAAAGCACAAUCUCCAAUCUAGGCUUCACUUUAACACCAGACUCGAUGGAGUCUUUCCAGGAUGCCACGUUUCCGCUCAUCCUGCUGAGUUUUCUCGCUUUUGCCGGAAACACCUGCUAUCCAUGCCUCCUUCGACUUGUCAUAUGGAUAAUUUUCAAGCUCUGCCCGGAUAAUUCAUCCACUAAAGAAACGCUGAACUUUCUGCUCGAUCAUCCACGCAGAUGUUAUACACUGCUUUUCCCGAGUCGCCCGACGUGGAUCUUGUUUGGCAUCCUAUUGGCGUUGAAUUUCACCGAUACAUUGCUUAUAUUACUUCUGGACCUUCAUAACCCAGCAGUGAAUAAUCUUGCUGCCGGGCCUCGAGUACUUGCUGCCAUUUUCCAAGCCGCCAAUUCGCGUCAUACAGGAAUGGCUAUCUUCAAUUUGGCUGACGUUAACCCCGCAGUACAGUUCAGUUUGGUCGUCAUGAUGUAUAUUUCCGCCUUUCCAAUUGCUAUUAGCGUCAGAGCAUCCAACGUCUACGAAGAGAAAGCCAUUGGUAUCUACGCUGGAGACCAUGAGACGAAUGAAGACAGCAGUGGAUCCUAUGUUCUACAUCACAUACAGAACCAAUUGAGCUUUGACCUCUGGUACAUUUUCCUCGGAGUUUUUUGCAUUUGCAUCGCCGAGUCUGGAAAGAUUGCAGAUAAUAAUAUCCCGGCAUUAUCUAUCUUCUCGAUUCUAUUUGAAGUUGUAUCGGCCUAUGGUAAUGUAGGCCUCAGUUUAGGAUACCCAAACGUUGAUACGUCUUUGAGUGGCCAAUUUAAUACAUUCAGCAAGCUGAUCAUCUGUUUCAUGAUGAUUCGGGGCCGCCACCGGGGAUUGCCUUACAAGCUUGAUCGCUCCAUCACAUUGCCGGCAGAACAUCUUGAUCUUGAUCACCGGCGAGAAGACUGA